CCCAUACCACAUUGCUUAAUAUCCUCACUAGUUAUUGCUACUCGCCUACUCCAACACCAGGAGGAAGACGAGAGGAGAUGGAUCGAAUAGGUGAAGUGGUGGUGGCAGAGUCCUGCCUCGUGACGCCGAGUACGGAGACGCCGAGGAGAGCCCUAUGGCUCUCCCCGCUCGACCUCUUCUACGCCAACAGAGGCCACAUCCCGCUCGUCUCUUUCUACCGUCCUUCCUGCAGCGGCGCCACCGACUUCUUCGACGUGACUAGGCUCAAGACGGCGCUAAGCAAGGCCCUCGUCCCCUUUUACCCUCUUGCCGGCCGGCUCGACGUCGGCCAAGACAGCAGGCUGCAGAUCAACUGCGAUGGCCAGGGCGCGCUCUUUCUCGUGGCCCAUACCUCUAGUCUCACCGUCGAAGACUUGAGUGACUUUAAGCCGUCGCCGGAGCUACGAAGGCUGCUCGUUCCCCACCUCAACUCAGCCGAGGCGGCACCUAUCAUCUGCGCCAUCCAGGUUACCUUUUUCAGGUGCGGUGGGGUUGCCAUAGGGGCGGCGCUGCACCAUCUCGCCGUGGACGGCAACGCUGCGUCUUACUUCUUUCGGGCAUGGACUGCCUUCUGCAAGGACGGCGAGAGAGCCGUGGUGGACCUGCCCUGCCACGACCGGGCCCUGCUGUCCGCGCGUGAACCGCCGGUCGUCCGUCCCGACGCCCUCUCCAUUCUCUGCCCAUCGCUAAACUUAUCCGAGGCGUCGGGCCCCGUCGCCACCGAGGUUUUCCUCCUCGGCAAGGACCACGUCUCCGCUCUCAAGCGCAUCUGCGGUGGCGCGACCACCUUCUGCGCCGUGAGCGCGCACAUGUGGCGGUGCAUGUGCUUGGCCCGACGGCUGCUGCCGGGCUCCACCACGCGGCUCGUGUUCCCGGCCAACGUCCGGCGCAGCCUCAACCCGCCGCUCCUGGACCGCUACUUCGGCAACGCCGUCAUCAUCCUGGCCACCGCAGGCAAGACACAAGAUAUCAUCGCCCCGGGCGGCCUGGCCUCCGUCGCGGGAAGGAUCAGAGGCCUCAUUGGCCGGAUGGACGACGAGGUGGUGCGCUCGGCGGUCGACCAACUCGAGCUGGCCAAGAUCGACGGACGGCCUGCUCGGGGAAGCCUGCCGGCAACGGACCUGAGGGUGAUCAGCUGGCUGGGCAUGCCGCUCUACGACAUGGACUUCCGUUGGGGGAAGCCAGUGGCGGCGCUGCGUGUUGAAUCAAACUACGGAGGCUUCGUGCACCUGAUGGACGCUUCGCCACAAGACGGCGGCGGCGUGCGCGUUAUCGUGUGUGCAGAGGCCGCAAUUCUCAGUGACUUUAAGCGGUUGUUGUACGCCAACCUGCAGCACUCCGUGCUCUAGCCGACUGCAAUUCCGACGAUAAUCAGCACCCCCUUCUUACGGCAGCUUUUCAUCUCUCAAAAGUUUGAUGUGUGCGAUAUGCUUAGCUCUGUGUAUGUGUUCUUGAGUUGAAGUGUGUUGUUCUUGUAAGUUUGAUGUGUGCCAAGAAU